AUUUGGCAGGCGGAGGAGGAGCUGUCGCGGGCAGCCGCCUCACAGCGAUGGCGGCCGAGCAGGGCCGGCGGCGGUGGCGGCUGCGGCUCCGGCCGAACGCGGCAGUGGUGACGGUAGCGGCGGGCGGCGGGGGCCUGUGACCGGGAGCCGCCCCGGACCCGGGCACCAUGAGCCAAGGCCCCCCCCCAGGGGAGAGCAGCGAGCCCGAGGCGAAGGUCCUCCACACCAAGCGGCUUUACCGGGCUGUGGUGGAGGCCGUGCACCGACUUGACCUCAUCCUUUGCAACAAAACCGCUUAUCAAGAAGUGUUCAAGCCAGAGAACAUUAGCCUGAGGAACAAGCUGCGUGAGCUCUGUGUCAAGCUCAUGUUCCUGCACCCGGUGGACUAUGGGAGGAAGGCUGAGGAGCUGCUGUGGCGAAAGGUGUACUAUGAAGUGAUUCAGCUUAUCAAGACUAACAAAAAGCACAUCCACAGCCGCAGCACCUUGGAAUGUGCCUACAGGACACAUCUGGUAGCUGGGAUUGGCUUCUACCAGCACCUGCUUCUCUACAUCCAGUCCCACUACCAGCUGGAGCUUCAGUGCUGCAUCGACUGGACCCACGUCACCGACCCCCUCAUAGGAUGCAAGAAGCCAGUAUCUGCCUCGGGGAAGGAGAUGGACUGGGCACAGAUGGCGUGCCACCGAUGUCUCAUGUACCUGGGGGAUUUGUGCUCUUACUACAGCUGCAGAGUGGACUCCCAGACGAGGGGACGUUUUUCUGAAACGCGGCAUCACGGAGUUUUCUUCCUCCUCUCUCCUGCAGCACGGUAUCAGAAUGAAUUAGCUGGCGUAGACACCGAGCUGCUAGCUGAGAGAUUUUACUAUCAAGCCCUGUCAGUAGCCCCCCAGAUUGGAAUGCCCUUCAACCAGCUGGGCACGCUCGCCGGCGGCAAGUACUACAGCGUGGAAGCUAUGUACUGCUACCUCCGCUGCAUCCAGUCGGAGGUGUCCUUUGAGGGGGCCUAUGGGAAUCUCAAGCGGUUGUAUGACAAGGCUGCCAAAAUGUACCACCAGCUAAAGAAGUGUGAGACUCGGAAACUCUCCCCCAGCAGGAAGCGAUGUAAAGACAUUAAGAGGUUGCUGGUGAACUUCAUGUACCUGCAAAGCCUCCUGCAGCCCAGAAGCAGCCCGGUGGACGCGGAGCUCACAUCCCUGUGCCAGUCGGUCCUGGAGGACUUCAACCUGUGCCUCUUCUACCUGCCCGCCUCACCCAGCCUCAGCCUGGCCAGCGAGGGCGAGGAGGACUACGAGGGUGGCUACGCUUUCCUCCCGGACCUUCUCAUCUUCCAGAUGGUCAUCGUCUGUCUCAUGGGUGUGCACAGCUUGAAGAGAGCAGGGUCCAAGCAGUACAGCGCGGCCAUCGCCUUCACCCUGGCCCUCUUCUCCCACCUCGUCAAUCACGUCAACAUACGGCUACAGGCUGAGCUGGAGGAGGGCGAGAACCCCGUGCCGGCGUUCCAGAGUGAUGGCACAGAUGAGCCCUUGGAGAAGGAGGAGGCGCCGGGCCCUGAGCCCCCUCCCGCAGCACCUCAAGCUGGUGAGGUCAGAAAGAGCCGGAAGUUCUCCCGCCUCUCCUGCCUCCGCCGCCGUCGCCAUCCACCCAGAGCUGGGGAUGACAGUGACCUGAGUGAAGGUUUUGAGUCGGACUCCAGCCAUGACUCGGCCAGGGCCAGCGAGGGCUCGGACAGCGGCUCCGACAAGAGUCUGGAAGGUGGGGGAACGGCCUUUGAUGCGGAGACAGACUCGGAAAUGAACAGCCAGGAGUCCCGAUCAGACCUGGAAGAUAUUGAGGAUGAGGAGGGGACACGGUCCCCAGCCCUGGAGCCCCCUCGGCCCAGGUCAGAGGCUCCCGAGUCUCUCAAUGGCCCACUGGGCCCCAGCGAGGCCAGCAUUGCCAGCAAUCUACAAGCCAUGUCCACCCAGAUGUUCCAGACCAAGCGCUGCUUCCGACUGGCCCCCACCUUCAGCAACCUGCUCCUCCAGCCCCCUGCCGAAGCCCCCACCGCGGCCAGCCGCAGGCCCUGUGUCAACGGAGAUGCAGACAAGCCCUCGGAGCCAGCCUCUGAGGAUGGCUCCGAGUCGGAGGGCAGCGAGUCCAGCGGGCGCUCCUGUCGGAACGAGCGCAGUGUCCAGGAGAAGCUGCAGGUGCUGGCGGCUGAAGGCCUGCUUCCUGCGGUCAAGGUCUUCCUGGACUGGCUGCGGGCCAACCCGGAGCUCAUCGUCGUGUGUGCGCAGAGCUCUCAGAGCCUGUGGAAUCGCCUGUCUGUGUUGCUGAACCUGUUGCCAGCUGCCAGUGAGCUCCAGGAGUCUGGCCUGGCCCUGUGUCCCGAGGUCCAGGACCUUCUCGAAGGUGGUGAACUGCCUGACCUGCCCUCUAGCCUGCUGCUCCCAGAGGACACGGCCCUUCGUAACCUGCCUCCCCUCCGGGCCGCCCAUAGACGCUUUAACUUUGACACAGAUCGGCCCCUGCUCAGCGCCUUAGAAGAGUCGGUCGUGCGCAUCUGCUGCAUCCGCAGCUUUGGCCACUUCGUCGCCCGCCUGCAAGGCAGCGUCCUGCAGUUCAGCGCGGAGGCCGGCAUCUUCGUCAGCAUCGCCCAGUCUGAGCAGGAGGGCGUGUUGCCACAGGCCCAGGCCCAGAUCCGCAUGGCUCAGGAGGAAGCGCGUCGGAACAGGCUGAUGCGGGACAUGGCCCAGCUACGGCUCCAGCUCGAGGUCUCUCAGCUAGAAGGGAGCCUGCAGCAGCCCAAGGCCCAGUCGGCAAUGUCUCCCUACCUCGUCCCCGACACCCAGGCCCUCUGCCACCACCUCCCGGUUAUCCGCCAGCUGGCCACCAGUGGCCGCUUCAUUGUCAUCAUCCCAAGGACAGUGAUCGACGGCUUGGAUUUGCUGAAGAAGGAACACCCGGGGGCCCGGGAUGGGAUCCGAUACCUGGAGGCAGAGUUUAAAAAAGGAAACAGGUAUAUUCGCUGCCAGAAAGAGGUGGGAAGGAGCUUUGAGAGGCACAAGCUGAAGAGGCAGGAUGCGGAUGCCUGGACCCUCUAUAAGAUCCUGGACAGCUGCAAACAGCUGACCCUGGCCCAGGGGGCAGGUGAGGAGGAUCCAAGCGGCAUGGUGACCAUUGUCACGGGCCUCCCACUGGAUGACCCCAGUGCGCUGUCAGGCCCUAUGCAGGCAGCCCUGCAGGCCGCUGCACACGCCAGUGUGGACAUCAAGAAUGUUCUGGAUUUCUACAAGCAGUGGAAGGAGAUUGGUUGAGAUGGACCCCCAGGCCCUGCAGUGGGGCUGACUCCAGAUCUCUCCUGCCCUCCCUGGCAGCCAGGACCGCCACCUGUAGUCACCCCACCACACGCAGACUUCACUCACGCACGCACGCAGAAAGGAGGCCACAGGGAGGGCCCGGGAGCCGAAGGGAGGGCCCGGAGCCGGCUGGGAGGGCGGGUCCCCUUGUUGUCAAGACGUCAGGAAAGCAAGGGAAGUGCUUGGAGCAGGAGAGGCCUGUGGGCCCCCAGCCCGCCCUUCUGCCUCGGCCCCCUGCUGUCCCUGGGGGCAGGCGGCAGGCACGGGCGUCUGUGUUCCACGGGAGUGGUCUGUGGGCCUCCGAGGGGGAGGGGCGGCAGGGCCCCUCUUCCUCACGGUGCAGGGUGGUCGGGGCCGGGGCGGACCCUCCGGCACUGGGGGAAGAAUUGGGUAACACCAGACAUCUGACUGGUUCUGUGCGGACCCUUUCCUCCUCAAGGACCUCCCGUUCUCCCUCUGCGCAGGCUGGGCAGCUCUGGAGCCUUGGGGACUCUUCGAGAAGAGGGGCCUGGAGCUGCCCGCACCGUUAGCAGAGCCAGGGCUUGUGCUCCUCCUGCCGCCGCAGGGGCCCGCCCACCCGGUUGCCCCACGUCUGCUUUCUCUCCAUCUGUCCGGUGCCAGGGCAGGGAGCAGGCCUGUGUGCCAGUGAGGGCUCCUGGGCCCCCCGCCCAGUGGGCGUGUGCGGGGCCGAGUGGGAUGCCAGUACGAGGAGGGGGUGCGGUGUGAGGCCGCCGGCCCCCUUACUGUCGAGGCCCUUAAAGCUGCCCGGUCAGGGGCCCGCUGUCCUGGAGGGGCUGAGCCGGGGCUCUCGGGGCCAGUGGCAGGUGAAGUGGGAGCUGAGAUCAUGAAGAGCUCAGGGCGGUGGGCGGAGCAUCGAGUGCAGGUUGUGGGGGGGCCCCGGCCAGGACCCCCUAGGGUCCCUUUCCCUGGGGCUGGCCAAGGGGGCCUGGGGGUCUUGGCUCUGUUGCCGCCUCCCCCAGCACUAGCCUCGCCUCCCAGGCUGUUCUCAGAGGAAAGCGGGUUUCCUGUCUCCUUCCUCUAAGACCGCAUGUCUGGGACAACCAGGGGGAGUGGGGUCACCCCCAUUCCCAGUCCCUGGCAGAGACUGAGACUAAGGCAUCACUUAAUAAAGACCCCUCGAAGCCCA